CGAUGGCGGUGUGUGUGUGUGUGAUGGUUUCUGGAGUUUCUGGCUUGUUUAAUUUAAUUAAUUCUAAUUCCUUUUUAGUUUUUUCUUCAAUUUUUGAAUAGGCUGUGAGCUUAGUUUCAACUUUCAAAAAACAAGUUUAAGUUUCAAGUGCUUCUUUUUUCGAAAUUCAAAGUUCUCGACACUCGAAGGCUGAUUUUAGAACUCGGUGGUUUUGAAACGCGCUUCGUAAUUGUUAUUUUAUUAAUUGUUGAAUGCAGAAAUUUCAUCGACUCCACUCGCCGAAAUGACUUCAAACGAUGAACCUUUCGAUCCAUCUAAGCUGGAAAUGCCAGCAUGCAUUUGGCUACAAUUCGGUACUCUGAAAGUAGCCGCAGUCGUUUCAACAGGUUGUUGGUUAUCUCUAAUGUCUCGAGAAAUGUACGAAAAAAUUCACCGCACCAGUUCUCCCAAUCUCAUCAAGAAAGAAUCGAAUCGAUCCGAUAUCAAAAUUCACGACGGUUGCGGUGGUACAACAGAAAUAUUCAAAGAAGUCCAUUUAAACGUUACGAUUGAGAAUCACCCGGUACCAGUCAAAGUAAACGUCGUUCGUAAACUCAUCUUCGAUAUCGUACUCGGUGGCGAAUUCAUUGGAAGCGUGAAAGGUAUUUUUCACUACGGACUCGGAGCAUUCAAAUGGCAACUCAACGAUAAGAUCAUCGUCAGCAACUUCAUUACUGAUCGAAAAGACUUGAAUAUUAAUCACAACGAUUCGAAGGGGAUGACUCAUAACAAUGAAUCCAAGUCGAACUCGAAUCGACACAUUGAGAACUUUUUUUCUUCGAUGAGUGUUCCUGAAAGUAACCCUUCUAAACCAUCAACUUCGAUGAGUGUUCCUGAAACUGAAAGUAACCCUAAACCAUCAACUUCCGACGACAAAAACAACGACGACGAAACAGAAGAACCAGAGGAAUGCGUUGAUUACCUCGAAGCUAAAAUCGCUCGCGAAAUAUCCGCUACCACCAAAAGUAUCUCUAAUUGGAGAAAUGUCUACGUAAUGACUAAAGAACUAGUGGGACUGUUCGAAGACAAUUCCAUGGGUUACAACGGUAUAUUCUGGUCCAAAGGCAAUAAAUUCAACGUCGUUUUCGGUACGAACUUGGAAGGCACUCAUAUCGAAAAUUUCCAUCUUAUUGCCAUCUCAAAGGUUAUCCAAACUGCUAAGGAUAAUAAUUGGAAAUGUCUGCGUAUCAUUUCGAAUAACGAAUUCGUCACUCGUGUUUUCAAUUUCGCAUUGUGUUCCGGUGUUCGAAAAAUACCCAGAGAGAAAGGUCUCGAGUUUCUAGACUAUCGUGCCUUUAGAUACAUUUUAAAUAACGCCGAUUACGUUUAUCCUUUGGUUUUCGAGUACGUGCCCAAUACUACCGAAGUUUCGGAAAUGCGUAAAUUAGAAAGACUCAUCGAUUUGCAUAUUACCGGACAUUGAAAGCCCAUCGAGCUGGCUUAUAAGCUUUACUUAUUUUUGUUUAAUUAAGUAGGUACGAGUUGUUUAAAAUUUUGACGAAGAAGACUCAUCUUGACUUGUUUCGGUACUUAUAUUAGCUUUAUUUGAUUCGUUUUUGUGUUGUUUUGUUUUCGUGUUUAAUUAUUAUUGAUUUUUGAGGUGUCUCGUUUCGUAUUGUAACGCGAAUUAAUAUACUUAUGAUU